AUGAUCUGGCAGCAACACGGUGCGCCACCUCAUUAUGGUCAAAUUGUGCGAGAUUAUUUAGAUGAUAUAUUUGUAGAUUGGAUUGGAUGUCGAGGAACCGUUGAAUGGCCACCACGAUCUCCAGAUUUAACUCCAUGCGAUUUCUCAUUGUGAGGGAUUAUGAAAGAUCGUGUAUAUGCUCAAAGUCCUCGUGAUGUAAAUCAUCUGAAGUCAUUAAUCAAACAAGAAUUUACAUCUCUCAAUGAUAAUAUUGAACUAUGCCAAACAAUUUGUCGAUCUGUAGCUGAUCGUUGUCAAAUGUAUAUUAACGCCGAAGGAAAACAAUUUGAACAUGUACGCUAAAGAAUUGUUCCAUUUUGUUUUGAAGAAUAUAAACAAAAAUAUUGAUUAGGUAUUCUGAUGUUCUUUUCUUUUCUUCUCAAUAAAUAACCGUAAGAUGUAUUUGAUAAUAAACAAAAGAAACAUGAAUGAGAAUUUACAUUUUGUCUUGAAAAACUGUCUUUUCUUUAUCAUAUAUUGGUUUUUCCUACCUGUGAAAAACUAAAAUUUUUUUUUAUUGAGGUCAAUAGUAGUACUUAAUAAAGGGUCUCUCUAAGCAUUUCAUUAUGGAUAUAUACUUUGAACACGCCUCUAUCAUUGAUAAAAAAAUCAGCUCGUUUGACAGAAGUUCUAAUGGAAAUAUCCGAUUUUUUUUGGUAAACCGACUUUUGCGCCACCCUGUAUAUUCGCAUGAACUAUUUCAAGUUCAAUCAAAAUAAAACUGCCAGAUUUAUCAAUUAACUUAGAUUUCAAAGAGUUACGGGUUGAAAAGGUAUGACACCUCCGAAUUUGUUUGUACUUUUUUGGCUAUGUCAACAACAGCCAUCAAUAUAUAGAAGUUUAUCAAUAAGUGAUCUAAUUUCAGUCAAUAUUACUAUCUUUGAAAAGUAUGUAUUUAAGAUCUAGUCAAUCUCUGACAAAUAUAUACUUAAAUACUCACAUUGAUUCUUGACGUAGGUUACUUCUUUUUAACAAAACUUUUGUUCAGUUUCUGCACAAUGAAGUUUAUGAACACUUUCGAAGAUGUCUCUUUCAAAUGUACAUUUUGAUUUUCGAACUGUCAGUUAUUGUUCUCCAUAUCAUACAGUUGUUGUUAAUUGUACAUCUUUCAGAGAGUGAGUCGAAUCAUUCUGUAGAUUUUCGUGAUGAUUAUGAAUGUUCACAUUGACAAUAGAACAUGUUGUUUAUUAAUUCAUUAUCGAUUUAACUGAAUUUGAAGGCUUACACUAUUUUGACAGUUUUCGUUGAAUAAAAAAUAUGAAACCAAAAAUAACCUUUUUCUAGAAUGAUAUUUGAAAGGUAGAGAAAUCAUUUGAGCAUGAAUAUUCUUAAUAGAAUUCUCUCGUCAUUCAACGAUACGAAAAAUAUUCAAGUUUUAGUCGUCGUCAAAACAAGACCACUCAUUCGAACUUCAUUCAUACGACGUGAUAGUUGAGUGAACAAUUGAAAAUACCUUUCGAAAGAGAAGAUCUAAAUUCAAAUUUAGCCGUCUCAACGUCAUUUGUAUAUUAGAAUUGACCCCUUGUCAAUGUUUGUACUUUUUAUAUUGUUUUCCAUGAGAUCGAACUGGAACACUUUGCCAGUAUCGUGCUAGUAGAUUAAAAAUCUAUGAAAUAGUUAAAAAGAGCAAGUUCUUUUCGAAUGCCACUGUUUCAUAUAAUUUGAACAAUAAUGUGAUCGAAAACAGGAGGAGUAAUGAAGAUAGGAAAUAAAGAAUUCUACUUUUUCAAAACUCCAUCACCUUCAUCCGUUACAUACCCAUAUCGUUCAAACAAUGUACGGUAGUAAAGGAUUGAGCAUUGAAAAUUUCACAUCAUUUUUCGAGCGAUCGAUUCUUUUGGCUUUGAAGCAUUUCUAUAAUGAAAUGUUCAUAAGUGUUCAUAAUCAUUUGUUUUUUUGUUGCACAUCGCACAGGGAACAGGAUAUUAUGGUUGAUGAGAUCUUCGAAAAUUUGAAACACACUGAUCAAACCUACGAAGAGAAUCACCACCAACACUGUGUCAAUGACUUUGAAUGCAAAAAACUUCAUCUUGUUCGAGAUCUCAUAUGAUGAAAACGUCAAUUUUAACUAUAAACUUUCCUUCAAGACAAGGAAACCAGAUAAUUUGUUCUUUCAUCGAAAGGAAUUUCAUUAUACAAAUAAUUGCUCUAGGAAAAAAAAUCACGUUGCAUCAAGAUCAAUUCUGAACUCCUCUUGUGCAUUGAAAUCAAUAGUGAAUUUUUGUACUCGACGAUUUCCCCAAUCGACAACAUAGAUAUUCCCGUGUCGAUCGAAUGACAAACCGAUGGGUCUAUUGAGUUGGUUUGAUUGUUCUCCUCUACCGUUUCCACCAACAAUGACACUUCCUUGUGU